AUGGCCAAACGCGCGGCAUCUGCUGAUGAUCAACCUGCCCCGAAGCGUGCCAAACAUAAUGAAAGGAAUUGUUGGACAGUGCCAUCACCAUGGGAGGAUGUGAAUGCCUGGCGCAUUCUGGAACGGUUUCUCACUACCGACAUUACAUACCCCGAGAUGGAAGAUGCGUUUUCAUCGUACCUUGGCGAUCAAUACUCACCGGACGAUUGGAAGGACACCCGAGUGGCAUUAUUCUCUGGUGACGGUGAUGACGUCCUUGCGCUGUCAAAUCUUUGCGCCUUGAUGGCUGUGAACAUACCUCAGUGUUUAUUGGAUACGGCGAGCACGGCGAAAGAUUUACCCGUAGCAACCUCCACAUCAAGACAGAAAGUUCGAGGGAUCAAGAAUGGUCAGUCGCAUAGGCCAUACAAUUUCAAACGCUUUAUCGACGACGAAGCAGGGGAUUCUGAAGAUGAGGAGGAGGAGGAGGAGGAGGAGGAGGAUGGAGAUGGGUCCUCCGUGCGAUCACCCAAUAUUACAUGUUUGCCAGGACCAUCGGCCAAACAUAGAUUGGCUGCAGCGAUCGAUGAUAUUUUCAACAAGUAUGAACACACCCCACAGAGUUCUUCAGCUUCAGAACAACGGGCCCCUUACAAAGCCGCCUGGUCCUCCGGCACCAUUGAAAGCAGGAUGUAUCUUCUUGUAGUUCACAGAACUGCUACACAUUAUAUCGCCGAACAUCUUCGCAACAAGGGAUUUCCCGUGACUGUGUCGGUGUGGUUACCUGGCCAGCUAUACAUGUCUCUCCAUAUCUCGGAAGAAGAACGUGAAGCGGUGGAACGUUCAAACAUCAAACUUCCCAACCCAUUGUGGGUGAAGAUUAAACAUGGGAAGUACAAGGGCGAUAUCGGCUAUGUCUUCGAUCCCGAUCAAUCGAACCUUUUCAUUACGGUCUUGAUCCCUCCGCGGGAAUUCCCCUAUAACAUGCCUCAGGGGUCUGUAGCACUCCUCGACUUCCAAAUGACAACACAGGGGCUUUUACUCAAGAACUUUCACCGCUAUCUCGUAGAACUCGUUGCCUCCCCUCACACUGAUGACAUCCGACUGUAUACCCAAUCCAGAUGGGACAAAGCCUUUGUGAGGAACACUAUCGCAGUGUUUUCAAUGCAGUUCUUGCACAAAGGCGAUGCAGUUAGGGUCAUCAAAGGAGAUGUCCGCGCAGAGAUCAGUACGGUCAUCUCGAUACACCAUGCGUCUGGUACUGAUAUAGAGUGCGUCUUUUGGGUGGGAGAUACGAUUCGAGUUGUAGUGGGGUUGUACUUGGGUUUAGAAGGGCACAUCAUACAGACAACUGGCGAUAUCUUUGACAUUUGUCAAGAGGCCACUCAGGAAGUGGUUUGGGUGUCUAAGUACUACUUAGAUCGCUGUCCCCCAAAUUACACAUAUCAAUCACGGUUAUCUAUUCAACAACAUUUCGAGCAUCGCCCUGACGAAUCUCUACAAGUUGGCGACUACAUAGAAGUACUCGUUGGAGAGCACAUAGGCAAAUGUGGGGUCAUGGCAUGGUUUCCUGCGGGAGAAAUGCAACUGUGGUUCCGGUAUGCGAACCCCUGGACCAAGGAUGACACUGGGUACAAUUCAGGACCACCGAUUUUCCAAGUUCCCACCACAUUUGUUCGGUGGACGGGCUUGUCACAGACAUUGAAGUACACGAAGGAAAAAGGUUAUGAUGUGAGACCUGGAGACGUUGUGAGAGUCGCGCGGGGGCCGGAAUAUCAGAUGAAAGGCGUCGUGCAGAGUGUUGACUUCCCAAAGGCUCGGUUGACACUGUUAUCUGAGAGUGAUCGCUCGCUCAUUGACGUUCCAAUCGAUUUCGUGAUGAAGAUACGUAACAUAUCCUUGGAUUCCUUCAACGAUGUCAUCGGCCAAGAAGUUAUACGGAGCGAGUCUUGCACUGUUGCUGUGCAUGGGCAGGCCCGUACUGAAUGCAAACGCCAAGACAUUGCCACCAGAUAUGGAAUGAGGUUAAACGGUGCGAUGCUUGGAUUAUCGGACUUGGCGUCAUUCUGUGACAUGCAAAAAAAGUCAUACUUAAAGUCAACACCACAAAGAUUCACCACCCCUCCUCCAGACCCAGUUCCCUCCAGCUCGUCUAGUUCUACCAGCGCAGAUCUCAGCUUGUCAUCAUCCACAUGGACUAACUGGAGCGCCAGCCUUACGAAUAUCAACACUACACACGAUCCUUCAUCAACUGUCACUUCCAGCUCAGAUCCUUGGACUUUCAAUGUACAGGACAUGCAGGAUAACAUCUCUGCCAGAACAAACCAACCUAAAGACAACGGCGAGUCCUCAGUGGAGCCAUCACACCAUGUUGCUCAUUUGAUUACAGGCCCGUUACCUUGGUUGAUGAGCAAAGAGUUUUCUUCGCUGUUACUGACAUAUCACGCAGUAUUCAGAGUCUCACUGAGCUUCAUGGGAGGGAGGCUCCACAAGCGAUUUGUAUCAAUGGCCUGUCCUGAUCCAUUCUGCGGCACGAACGGACCCGCACCCAAGGAUUGUGUCGCAGUCUUUUGCACAUCCAGCAACAUAGGCGCUGCUAUUCAACACUACCAUAUCUCUGCCAAGGAUCUAAGCCCAGCGCCUCCAUGCAAAAAAAACCAACGAUGUCUCGUUCUGGACGGGAAAUCUCGUAGUCAGAUACUGACUAUUUCGAAGUGUAACAUGAAGCGAAAUAUGGCUGAGGCUGUGAUUGACGGUGCCACUAGUAUUACCUUGCGUUUCGAUCAAAUGUGUCUCGUGGAAGAAGCCAAACAGAUAUGA